AUGCCCCUAUCACUGCCCGGGAAGGUCGGACUGGGACUUGUCGUGUCGUACGCCUCCUACACGGCCUACAUUGCUGUGCAAGCCCAGCUGGAGAUCUCAAAAAGACAACGGCGCUACGAAGAACACAAGAAGGGACUGAAAAAGGCGGACCAGGGUGAUUUUGACCAGAUAGUUGACGUGCCUAAUAGAUAUGAAACUUUGAACGUGGCUGGAAGGUUUGAGAAUCCGUUCCCUGAGUAUAGAAGCCAGACGAUACUUGAGUUCUUACUUAGCCGAAUACUGGAGUUAUUCGAAGGAAAGACCAGAGGUGGAACACCGAGUUCGGAAGCCGAACUUAGACGAAUUCUCCCGGUGGUAAAGCCAGAUUUAGAGCUCAUCUGGAGUAAUCAUGGUGUGCUGAAGACGGGUAUAUCAGACAUAGAGGUUGAUUCUAAGGACCUUCCUCCUUUGAAAGAUCGUCUGACUUUCACGUGGUUGGGUCAGAGCUGUUCUUUUCUUCAGCUCUCUGGAAUCUCAUUCUUGACGGAUCCCAUAUUUGAGGAUUAUCUGGUGAACAAGGCUUUGGGACCGAAAAGAAUCACACCGUCUCCAUGCAAGCUUGAAGAGCUUCCCUUGCCAAAUUUUGUGCUAGUUUCUCACGACCAUCCCGACCAUUUGGAAAGUGAGUCCGUUAAGAAAUUGGGCAAUAAAUGUGCGUGGAUUGUUCCACUAGGAGUUCGGAAGUAUCUUGCCAGAAAAGGUGUGAGCAACGUGAUUGAAAUGGCGUGGUGGGAUCGUAUAACUCUUCCUGUAGAAGGACCGGACAAAUACGAGGUUGUUUGUUUGCCAUCAAUGCACUGGUCGGGGAGAUACAUGCUGGAUGCCAAUUCUACCCUUUGGUGUUCUUUUAUGAUAACCAAAAACGGAAAGUCGAUGUUCUAUCAUGCUGGCGAUACUGGGUACACUCCAGAACUGUUCAAGCUGAUCAGGGAGAAACUGGGACCCGUCCACCUUUCGAUGCUUCCCAUUGGCCAGUAUUGUCCGCAGUGGCACCAAAAACCCAGACACAUAUGUCCUAGCGAGGCCAUCGAGAUAGUGAAGGAUCUCCAGAGCAAGAAGAUGGUGGGUGUUCAUUGGGGUACCUUCGUUCUGAGCAGUGAGCCUUUCAUAGAACCAAAGCACAAGCUAGAGAAACUGGCCGAGGAUAUGAACCGUUCAAAGGACAUCUUUGCUCCCACGUUUGGAAAGACAUUUGUGAUGGACAUGAGCAAGAGUUACGAGAGUUCUGGUGAAGCAAGGGAAGUUCGUGAUGGAAAGGCCGUGCUUUUAGACUGA